GAGAGCCUUGGUUUAGGGCUUAAGGUACAUUUCCCCUGCGUAAAAAAAAAUAUUAUUAACUUACAUUUGGUGUCUGAAUUGAGAUAAGCACAUAUCAAACUGUACUUAAACGUGACUUAGACAGGUUUUUUUCUGAUUUAAGUUUUUUUAAUGUUAUGUUGUUAGCAGUUUGAUAAAACUAUGACUUUUCAACUCAAGAACCGUAAAAUACUCAAGUUACUGAGAAUAGUCAGUUGAAAAUUUGUACUUUUCUCAAGUUAGGCCGUUAGUGUGAUGAUGAAGUGUCUCUCCUCAGGUCAGUUAACCUGGUUGGUGUACAUAAUCGGUGCGGCGAUAGGUGGUCGCGCGUCUGUCAACACGUGCGAUGAGAACGACGCGAUGGACGGCGAACUGGUCUGCAGGGUGCUGCAGCUUAUGGAUCUGACUGACUCCAGACUAACCAGGGGUGGUUGCGAGAAACUAGAACUGGCAAUGAUGUCGUUCUUUGAGCAUUUCCGCAAGAUAUACGUCGGUGAACAAGUACAGAAGAACAGUAAAGUGUACAGGCGACUGAGCGAAGUGCUGGGGCUGAGUGAUGAAUCGCAACUGCUGAGUGUACUCAUGAGAAAAAUAAUCACAAAUUUGAAGUACUGGGGCGGCAGCGAACAGAUUAUAGCUAAAACACUCGGCCUGCUGAGCGACUUGAGCGGCGGGUACUCGUGUGUGAGGAAACUCGUCAAACUUGAGGAGACGCAGUUCAUGCUCACCCAUCAUACGGCGGAACACUUCCCGUUCCUGGGUAUAUCCGGCGUCGGCACGUCCGAGAUGAGAUGUCGGACGAUGCUGUAUACGGCACUCGGACGGCUACUGAUGGUGGAACUGGGGGAGGACGAGGAGCGGUUCCACGCUUUCAUGAUGCCCGUCACCGCCGCCAUGGAGAGUAUAAUAGGUCUACUCGGGUCCCCUGAUAGUCCGAUAUUCACAUCGGAGGACGCCAAGAAGACCCUCAUAGGACUAGCUAGAGACCUCAGAGGAUUGGCGUUUGCGUUCAACACAAAGACUACAUAUAUGAUGCUGUUCGAUUGGAUAUAUCCGGUGUAUAUGAAAGUAUUGAUACGUGGCAUAGAGGUUUGGUAUUCGGAGCCUUCAGUCACCACUCCAGUGUUGAAGUUGACCGCUGAACUGGCACAGAACAGGAAUCAGCGGUUACAGUUCGAUGUCAGCUCACCGAACGGGAUACUGUUGUUCAGAGAACUGUCCGCUAUUAUAUGCGCCUAUGGCAGCCGAAUAUUGACAGUGGAGGUGAACAAGAAACAGAUGUACGCUAUGAAACUGAAGGGCAUAUCCCUCUGUUUCUCCAUACUAAAGGCGGCUCUGUGCGGGAACUAUGCGAACUUCGGCGUCUUUAGGUUAUAUGGUGACGAAGCGUUGGACAACGCGCUGAAUAUGUUUGUCAAGUUGUUACUCAGCAUACAGCAAAGUGACUUAUUGGAUUAUCCUAAGCUAUCGCAGACUUACUACGUACUGUUGGAGAGGUUGGCGCAAGAUCAUAUGCCGUUCCUGGCGUCGUUACAGCCUGACGCCACGCUAUAUAUACUGUCUUCGAUAUCGGAGGGGCUCACGGCACUCGGUAAGUAAUGGCCAAGUGGAUUAGCGAACUCG